AUGGAGUGUGGAGAUACCCUGGCAAAUUUGUUGCCAUCCAAGGAUGGUAAAGAUUUAACUAAAUGUUUUCUGCUGCAAGUGGUAAAUAUUCUUCUGCAUUACAUCGAAAAAAUGUUUGAUGUUAAGAGUAAAAUACUAGACUUUCAUCAUCCUCACCAACUUCUUGAAGGUUUGGAUGGUUUAACAGAGCUGUCUGACCACCCUGAAUCUUUGGAGCAGUUACUUGUUGACUGCAUGGAUACCUUAAAAUAUGGUGUUAAAACAGGACAUCCUCGCUUUUUCAACCAGCUGUCCAGUGGGCUAGAUGUGGUCGGACUUGCCGGGGCAUGGUUGACAGCCACUGCCAAUACCAACACGUUUACAUAUGAAAUAGCUCCGGUAUUUACUAUCAUGGAGACGAUUCUUCUUAAGAAAAUGUAUGGAAUUAUCGGCUGGGGAGAAACAGAAGCGGAUGGAAUAUUUGCACCUGGAGGAAGUAUCUCUAACCUCUAUGGUAUAUUAGUAGCUCGUUAUAAGCAAUAUCCAGAGAUAAAAAGACAAGGCAUGACCACACUUCCGUGUUGUGCGUUAUUUGUUUCUGAACAAGGUCAUUAUUCAGUAAAAAAAGCUGAAGCUAUUCUUGGUAUUGGAACUGACAACGUAAUUGAAGUAAAAUGUGAUGAAAGAUAUGUUUCUAACACGUUCUCAAAAAUUUUUCAUUGUCAUUAUAACACAUAUCCUUUGUAUCUGUAGGCAGCUUGGGGGGGUGGAUUGCUGUUGUCCAGAAACCACUCCCAUAAACUCAGUGGCAUUGAAAGGGCCAACUCUGCGACCUGGAAUCCACAUAAACUCAUGGGCGUCCCCCUUCAGUGCUCUGCUAUCCUGAUCCGGGAAAAAGGUCUUCUGGAAGCAUGCAACGAGAUGCACGCUGCUUAUCUUUUCCAGCCAGAUAAACUCUACAAUGUUGACUUUGACACUGGGCAUAAAACUAUUCAGUGUGGCCGACAUGUUGAUGUCUUUAAGCUAUGGUUGAUGUGGAAAGCAAAGGGAACCUGUGGCUUUGAGGCACAGAUCAACCGACACAUGGAACUUGCAAAAUACUUCUGUAAGGUUUUAAAGAAAAAAGAUAACUUUAAGCUUGUGUUUGAUGCAGAGCCCGAGUUCACCAAUGUCUGCUUCUGGUAUUUCCCACCAAGAAGUUUGAGGCAGUUAGAGAAUGCCCUCUUCCGACUUUCCCGACUGUCAGUGCUACUUUGCCCUAUAAUAACAACACGGUUGAUAGAGAAAGGCACAGCCAUGAUAAGCUACCAGCCAUGCGGAGACAAAGUACAUUUUUUUCGAAUGGUCUUUUCCAACCCUGCCACCAGACGAGCACAUGUUGACUAUCUUAUUGAUACCAUUGAAAGGCUUGGAAAGGAUUUAUGA